CGGGUGAAGUUCAUCAAGCUCCACACGUUGGGCGACAACCUGCUCGACUCCCGUGACGAGGUGACGGAGAAGUACUACUACGCCCUCUACGACAUGGUCGUCCGCGGAAACUGCUUCUGCUACGGUCACGCCUCCGAAUGCGCCCCGAUGGACGGAGCGCCGACGGGAGCUGAGGGAAUGGUCCACGGCCGCUGUGUGUGUAACCACAACACCGAGGGAUUGAACUGUGAACGCUGCACAGACUUUUACAACGACCUACCGUGGAGACCUGCGGAGGGACGAAACACACACGCCUGCAAGAGGUGUGAGUGCAACCGUCACUCCACCUCGUGCCACUUCGACCUGGCCGUGUACAUGACGACCGGCAACACGAGCGGAGGCGUGUGCGACGACUGCCGACACAACACGGUCGGCCGACAGUGUGAGCAGUGCGCGCCCUUCUUCUACCAGCACCCCGAGAGAGACCUGAGGGACCCCAGCGUCUGUGAACCGUGUAACUGCGACCCGGCCGGGUCUCUGGAGGGCGGACUGUGUGACCCGCGGACCGACGUGGCAGCCCGGCUGAUCUCAGGCCAGUGUCGGUGCAAGGCCCACGUGGAGGGCGAGCGCUGCGACCACUGCAGACAGGGACACUACGGGCUGGGACAGGGGCCUCACGGCUGCCUGGCUUGUGUGUGUAACCUGCUGGGCACUCUGCCGGGAGGAAACCCCUGUGAUUCAGACUCAGGAAAGUGUUUCUGCAAACGCCUCGUGGACGGACACAACUGUGACCAGUGUCUGCCUCAGCACUGGGGUCUGUCCAACGACAUGGACGGCUGCAGACCGUGUGACUGUGACCAGGGCGGGGCUGUUGACAAUAACUGUGACCCUCACUCAGGACAGUGCGUGUGCAGGGAGCACAUGUUCGGACGUCGCUGUGAUCAGGUCGAGUCCGGCUUCUACUUCAUCACUCUCGAUCACUACACCUACGAGGCCGAGGACGCCCAACACGGACCCGGUGUGACGGUGGUCCAGAGACCUUAUCCUCUGGACCGUAGUCCCACGUGGACCGGUAUGGGAUUUGUUAACGUGCCAGAAGGAGCCUACUUAGAGUUCAACAUCAACAACAUCCCAGAGUCCAUGGACUACGACGUCCUGAUCCGCUAUGAACCACAGCUGCCAGAGCAGUGGGAGCAGGUGAACAUCAGAGUCCAGCGUCCCGUCUUCAACCCUCCGAACUACAUCAGUCAAUGUGGUAACUACAUCCAGGCUGGAGACGAACAGGCCAUCUCUCUCCCACCUGGAUCCAG